UGUCUCAUACUAUCAUAGACACGCAAAGAGCUUAGCAUGGCCGCUUCGGGUAUGCUCGCGCGUCGUUGCCUUGGUAACUGUAUCGCGUCUACUUUCUUAACUCUAUAAUAGCCGGUGGGAUUAUGGUGGGAGCGCAGGGCUCAUGGCUGACGUGCUGGUGCUGCGGGCUAUCCGGGGAAGAGCCAGGACACUGAACCUCAAUGGGAAAAGGCUGCAGCGGGUGCCGGGGGCAGUGGGCAGCCUCACCCAGCUCAAGUCCCUGCACCUGAAGAAUAACUGGCUGUGCCAGCUGCCCGGAGAAGUGACAGCGCUGAGCAAUCUCACCGUUUUAAACUUGGGGAACAACCAGUUUCAAAGAGUUCCUGAAGAGCUGACGUUCCUCCAUUCCUUACAGACCCUGCACAUGUUUGGUAAUAGGAUCACUGAGAUCCCAGCCUGUGUAUUUGAUGGAUUACCAAAUUUGAAAUCACUAAACCUGAACAACAAUUUCAUUGAGAAUCUUCCUGCGGAAAUUGAAAAGCUGCAGAGUCUUGAAAAGCUCAGUAUAAAUCAUAACUCCUUACAAAACAUUCCCAAAGAGUUGUGUGUCCUACAAAAUCUGUGUGAGUUGCACCUUGGCAAUAACCAGCUGCAGACACUACCAGAGCAGAUCGGCUUUCUGAGCAAUCUGAAGGAGCUGCACAUUUAUCGGAACAAUCUGGUUGGCCUUCCAGAGGGGCUUUGUCGGUUGAGGAAGCUGAAAAUUCUGGAUGUCGCAGGAAAUCAAAUACAAGUAUUUCCAUCAAGACUGCAUGAAGUCCCUUUACAAGAACUAUACUGUGAAGAAAAUCCACUGCUUCAAAAGGAACCCGUGUAUGCCGUUCAAGAUGAAGAAAUAUUGUCUCUAAAGGAAAUAACAGCGAGACAUAUUUUAAGUCAUCUGCAGAAUGGAAGCUCCUUAUUAUUGCGAGAACAAAUAAAACAUUUUCCGGAUGCUAGAAGACUGCUGAGCAGUAGAAAUGUCUGUGCCCUGUGUGGAAAGUGGUUUCUAGAUAUGUGGUUGGAGUGCGUAAAAUUUGUGGAUGUGAAAAAGAAAAUGAAGACCUCGAAGAAUCUACAGCUGUUACCAGUGAAGAUCUUACUUUGUUCCUACCAGUGCUUUAACCAGAGACACAGUGAUAUUUUUGGAGUAGCAGUCCAGUGAGCGGACUAAUAUAUAUAUUUUUUUAAAGUGGUUUCUAGAUGUAAUAAACAUUUUAUUACAUGUUAUAUUAUGUAAACCAUAUGCAGUAUUUUAAAUAAAGAUGUUAUUUAUGUA